AUGUCGAUGGAUCUCAAUGAUUACGCUAUCAUCAAGGAAGGAGAAGCCGAGAUUCUUAUGCAUGCUAAAAAUGAAGUCUUUUACAACAAAACUCAGGUUAACAACAGAGAUAUGUCCAUUGCUGUCCUGAGGACAUUUAUAUCAAAACGGAAGCAGGAACAUGAGGCGUUUUUGUCUAAAAGAACCAAACCAGCACCAAAGGUGUCUGAGAAUAAUGGUUCUGUAGCCAAUGUAGAAGAAAAACCUAAUGAGUUGGAUAUGAAGAUUGAAAAAUCAAAUGGAGAAUGUGAAGGGUCUGAAGAGAAAUAUCAAGAAGAAACAUGUAGUACAUCAGAAGAACCAGUUAAGACAGAGGGAAAAGCUCAAGGGGAGCUCAAACCAUCAAGAGUUCUAGAGGCGCUAUCAGCAUCUGGGUUAAGGGCUCUCAGAUAUGCUCAGGAAGUAGAAGGGGUUGGUCAAGUUGUUGCCUUAGACAAUGAUAAAGGGGCGGUUGAAGCUUGCCAAAGAAACAUAAAGUUCAAUGGUUCUGUAGCCUGUUCAAAAGUGGAGUCACAUCUAGCUGAUGCUCGUGUAUACAUGCUUACCCACCCAAAAGAAUUUGACGUGGUUGAUCUUGAUCCUUAUGGUUCACCUUCCGUGUUCCUGGACUCUGCAGUUCAAUCUGUUGUUGAUGGGGGCAUGCUGAUGUGCACUGCAACUGAUAUGGCAGUUUUGUGUGGGGGUAAUGGGGAGGUUUGCUAUUCCAAAUACGGAUCAUACCCAUUAAGAGGGAAAUAUUGCCACGAAAUGGCUUUGAGGAUUCUCCUAGCCUGCAUUGAGAGUCAUGCGAACCGCUACAAACGUUAUAUUGUUCCAGUGCUAUCUGUCCAGAUGGACUUUUAUGUCCGUGUUUUUGUUCGCAUAUACUCAUCAGCAAGUGCGAUGAAGAAUACUCCCCUUAAGCUCUCAUAUGUCUAUCAGUGCACUGGUUGUGAUUCUUUUCAUCUACAGCCUAUUGGGAGGACUGUUUCUAAGAAUACCAGUGUGAGGUAUCUCCCAGGCUUUGCACCUGUUGUCCCUCAAGAGUGUAGUGAUUGUGGAAAGAAAUUUAAUAUGGGUGGACCUAUAUGGUCUGCUCCCAUCCAUGAUCAAGAGUGGGUAACUUCCAUAGUAGCAGAUGUAAAAUCAAUGAAGGACCAUUAUCCUGCCUAUGAUCGCAUCUCUGCUGUAUUGACUACAAUUUCAGAGGAAUUGCCUGAUGUUCCUCUCUUUUUGAGUCUGCACAACCUCUGUGCCACACUAAAAUGCACUUCCCCAUCUGCGGUUAUUUUCCGCUCUGCUGUGAUCAAUGCAGGAUAUCGUAUUUCUGGGACUCAUGUGAAUCCAUUGGGACUAAAAUCGGAUGCCCCCAUGGAUGUCAUUUGGGACAUAAUGCGUUGCUGGGUUAAAAAUCAUCCAGUGAAAGCUCAACCGCCUGAUCAGCCAGGAAGUGUAAUACUUGCCAAAGAACCAGUUCUUCAAGCAAAUUUCGCUCGAGCUGUUGCAUCCCUGAGCAAGGCACAAGCUAAGAAGGUUGCUCGUUUCCUUCCAAAUCCUGAGAGGCACUGGGGGCCAAAGCUUAGGGCAGGUCGCCAAAUCACCAGCAAGCACAUAUCACUUUUGGGUGAAGAGGCAGUAAAUGGAUGUCUCAACCUUCAAGAAAGUGAGCGCGAAGCGAAACGUCAAAAGACUGAAAAGACUGAGGAUGCUAAUGCACCCGAAUCAUAGAUUAGGUAGUCAAGCCAAGGUGCCAGAAAACUUAUCUACUGCCUCAGUGCCUACAAUUUGUCAUGGCUUUUGAGAGAGGUUAGAAGUGGAGCCUGUGCGACCAUAAUCAAUUUUGCAAAGUGUCUGUUUGAAACCUAUUUGAAUUAUGAAGCAAUUUAUUGCAGUUUUGUGGUCUUAGAAAUCUGAUAUACGGUGUUAUUUAUUUGAUAUUAAUGUAACCUGUUUGUUUCUUUGGAAA